ACCACACGAGCGCAAGACGUAUUAUUUUGACAGAAACGGUCUGCCAACGUACUCAACCAGAUCGCUCUUGACAGUCAGUCCACAGUCCGUCGUCUUCCUGUCCGCAACACGAGAACACGGACCGAAAUCGUAACAAUAUGAAGACCGCUCCAGUAUUGUGCGCGGCAGCUUUCGCGUUAGUGCUGCAGGCCAUGUGCGCGACCGCAGCCGGCGGCGAACGUCAGCAACAGCAACAGUUACCGCUGUUCUUCCAAGCGGGCCGGCCAUUCAACGCGCCCGGCGCCCCAUUGCCCAAAUUCGUGGGAAUCGCGGGUAACCAGCCACCGCAGGCAUUCCGUUCGGUACCGCCGCAGGUGGACGAAGAACAGGAGGACGAGGAACAGCGCAACGACGACGAACCACACCAGCGCAACGUGCUCGCUCCCACGCCGCUGCCGUUCAGACCGCAACCGACGCCACAGUUCAAUCAAUUCCGAGCUUCUCCGUCGCCGUCCCCACAGACCUUGCAGCCGAUCCGCAUUAACAGGCCCACCGAAACUCCGAUCAGAAGACCACAGCCUCCGACGCCGUCGCAGUUCAAAUCACUGGCCAGUCAACCGUUGUCGGAAGAAGCCCAAGAAUUAGAAGAAGAAAAAGAAGAACCCGACCGUCUUACCCAACUUUUGCCCCAGUCCAAAUUCACUUGCGGUGACAAAAAGACCGGUUAUUAUGCUGACGAUGGUUUGGACUGUGAAGUGUUCCAUUACUGUCAAGAUGGCGCUAGACACUCUUGGAUAUGUCCGGAAGGUUUCGUUUUCCACCAGGUACAUCUAAUCUGCAUGCCACCGAGCAGCGAGAAUAUUUGCAAACAGUCGACGCAGUACCACUUCGUCAACGAUUUCCUGUACAGGCCAGUGAACACCGAGGAAGCCAACUCCCGACCGAACGUGACGCUCAGAUACGGUGACAGGUACUACCCGGGUAGCAGUUCCGAGGCGGGCGAGGAAUACGACCACGACGAGGAGGCGCCGUCGCAGAGACCACAACAGUUCAGACAGAACCCAGUUCCCAGACAGCGUAUUCAACUGCAGCAACAGCCCCAGCCCACGCAACAGCACAUUCUGUCCACCCCGCGCCCAGUGCACGUACUGCAACAGCAACAAUUGCAGCAACAGCAGCAGCAACAGCAACAGUUCGCCCGACAACCGUCGCCCAACCAAGUGUUCCAUUCGUCCGAGGAGAUCAACAUACCGUUGCAGCAGAGGCGACCGGUGGUGUUGCAGUCGCAGCGACCCAACUUCCAACAGCAACAGCAACAACAGCAAAACGACUUUGACUUCAGAAGGAAGUAGUGAACGUUACAUAAGAAUGAGCGACGCUUCGACGAUACGCGUAAAUCGCCGAUGAGGAGUGUCCGUAUAUACUUAGGUUUAUCGUUUACGUAAUAGGUUAUAAAAAAUAAUAUUUAUCAUUUUUUUUUUUUUUUUAGUAACACUAGAGUGAGAACAUUCUAUUGUACAUGUAUAUGUAUAUAUAUAUAUAUAAUAAUUAUAUAUAUAUAUAUUAUUGUUAGGUUAAACCCGUCACGAAAUUUUUUAAAUUAGGACUUGUCUUAUUAUGAUAUGUUGACGGAGAGAGCAAUGAAUAGGAUUUAUUACAUUAUUAGCACACGCCACACACACUACAGUUUGCGAAUAAUCCACUAAUACAAACACUCGAUAUUUUUUCUUUCGAAUUUCGUACAUGUCUAUAAACACAAUAUUAAAUCGGCUAAAUUCCUGUACACAGAAAGAUCCAUACUUAUAUGUUUGUGUUUCAAUAAUACUUGCUGUCUGUACUAUAUGUAGGCGGUGUAUACUUUCAUUGAAAAUACGAUAUGAUACAAGCCAAUACUGUUUAUAAAAUAUUUUUCUUGUUUUUUAACCAGUGAGUAGAUAUUGUCAACUGAUUUUUUUAAAGUACGCUCCGCAACAUUUAUAAAACGAAUCUGCACCAUUUCCGUACUGUGAACAAAUAACGAUACGUGCAAAUACUAUUGACAAAAUUAAAUAGGUAGGUACCUACUUUCGAUUGUGAGUUUAUUAAACUAUGAUAUAAUACAUAUUAUUAUGUAUCAUAAAUUGAUAUUUAAAAAAAAAAUAAAAAUAUUUCUACUCUUUAUUGCAUGCGUUGCACAUGCCAUUAUGCAAAAAUAAUUGUGUACUUAUCAAUUGUUUAUAUUUAAUUAUUUCAUUGUAUUUUUAUUAUGCUAUAUUGCUAUUUUAAAACUAUACGAGUAGUUCAUAAAUAUUAAAUUGUGUAUUAUUUAAUAAUUUAUGCUUAGAGUACCGAUACAUAUCAUAUAUAGGCUUGACAGUAAAUUUUUACGUCGUCAUUGAAAACCUGUACCUAUGUAAUCUAGAUUCAAACGUUCUUUAAAUUAUUUUCAGUGAACUAAAAGUAUCUGUUUGACUUGAUUCUUUUUUUUUGUUUAGUUGCAUAUUUUAGUAUGUAAUACAUAGGUAUACUUAAUAUUUUUAAAUUUGUUAUUUAUAAAUAAAAAAAAUUAAUUUACAGUA